GCGCGCUGGGGAGAUGAAAAUGGGGAGCGGCGUACCCCGCCGCAAGGACGCGCCGGCGGAGCGGCUGUGAAGGCGCGCCAAAGAUGCCCUAAUGUUUCCCCUUCUUUUCAAACACCAAGUCUACCUGAGAUUGGCCAAUGCACAGACAGUAGCUGUAAAGUCCCAAUAGGAGAAUGAGUGAAAGGAACGUCCAAAGUUUGAGCAAAGGAGUAUUGGUGCUCUCUCUCUGCCUUAUAAUGCUUUGGGGAAGACUGACACUGGCCUCAUCAUAUCACAGAAGCCAUUCAGUGCAUAUAGAACCUGGUACGUGUGAAGUCAUUGCUGCCCACAGAUGCUGUAAUAAGAAUAAGAUUGAAGAGCGCUCCCAAACAGUGAAAUGUUCCUGCUUUCCAGGUCAGGUGGCUGGGACAACACAUGCUGCUCCUUCAUGUGUAGAUGCAUCCAUAGUGCUUCAGAAGUGGUGGUGCCAAAUGCAGCCAUGUCUAGAAGGAGAGGAGUGUAAAGUACUACCAGAUUUGUCUGGAUGGAGUUGCAGUACCGGAAACAAAGUAAAGACAACUAAGGUCACACGAUAGGUCUUGGAAGAACCACUGUUAUCAGAUGUCAUCUUCAUUGAUAUGGCCAGCGUUCCAAAAAUGGCACAAUACGGCUUUUGUUCAGGUGCAAGAUUCUUCUUGUAUGCUCUGCAGAGUUGGAAAUAUGAGGACUUCCUUGGUAUAGGAUAUAAUGCAUUUGAGGUAUAGGAUGGCUACUUUUUAUGGGCACUUUAUUAAUCUUACUCAAGUACAUCUGCCUAGGGAAUGGUGCUGCAGUCUGUUUCCUUUUGCAAGAACAAUACCAAGGAUUAGAGAACAGGGGUGGUAUUCCUGUCUCGGCAGAUAUCUUGGAAAUUUUUCCUUGUUUUUGAAAAUAAAAUAUUGCAUCAGCUACUGAUUAAGUAAGUGCAGCCUCAAAGGUAUUUAACAAUCAAUUGCUACCAAUUCUACAAUUCUGGGUCUUGAAUGAGGUUACAACUCCCUUUUGUUCCAUAUUUUUUAUUCCAUCUCAUGGAUAUACCUAUGAGGAGAGGCGGGGGAGAGAGAGAGAGAAACAUUUCUUCCCUUUCUGUUCAGUCAACUAUUCUUCAUUGCAUAGUCUGUAAAUGGCCCUAAAGGGGAGAAAAAUCUUUCUUUCCUUUUAGCUAUUUUUUUUUUGUCUCGAAGCUUGCUGUGUUGAUUGCUAAAAGAAUUGGAGACUUUAAUGGAUGAUUCAACAUAAAAUUAGGACAUUUACAAAUUAUUUUUCAGUCAAAAUUUUGUUGGUUUCACAGAUAACAGGCUUUGAAAAUUUGGGUCCAAGAAAUCAAACUCUAAUCUUUCAACAACAAAAAAAACAUCAAGCAGUUGUUCUAAUAUUUCUCAAGAUAGCAGACCAGAUUCUUUGCCAAGGUUAUGGGAGGAUCUACAAGAGAGAUAGAAGUUUCAAAAACCUUGAAGAAAGAAAUAUCUUCUAUUUGAUUCCCACAAAAGAUAUUCUCCCUGACCAUUUUUUCACCUAGUUCAGCAUUUACUUUAAUAGGGUUUAUUAUAGUUUUAAGUCUUUAAAGUUAUAAGGAUAAUUUGUUGGGGAAAUUCUAUUAAAAACCUGAGAACAAGGAAAGUAUUGUCUUUCACUUUGCUGUGUUGUGCUUGGUUGAGUUUAAAUUUUAUUUGGAUACUGGAAUUAGUUUAAUUACAACUUAGUAUUAAAUAAAUACUUGUAAAGGACAACUGUAAUGAGUACAAAUCCCUCUCAGGGGCAAAUUAUUGUUUUUAAUAAUAUAUUCUUUAUUAAAAUAAUGCUGAAAUCCCUAGUUAUUUUACUCCUAUUUGUAAUAGGGGAUGAAGGAGCAUCCACUUGACUUUGGUUUAUUAAGACAAAGUUUUAGAUAGAUUUUUUUUGCUAAGGCAAAUCAAAGACAUAGAACAGUGCUGUCUAUGGCAAAAUUAAUGUCAUGUUUUGGUAAUCUGGCUUCCGAAUGGAAAACUAUAUUUAAGGUCCAUAUAACAUUUCAUAGCAAAUGGAAAAUUAGUUAUGAGGGUGUAGACAUGUUCUUUUAACACAACUCAUUAUUAAUUUUUCUUGUUAAGUAUUGAAAUACAAUUCCAUUUUAUGAACAUCUGUAAAAAUGUUCCAUAUCUGUAUCCUAUUAUGGCUACCUUGAUUCCUGACAUUCUGUUGAUAUAAUAUAGGAAUGAGGCUGCAAGUAUAUAAAUUGCAAAGUAAUAUCCAAAGUCAAUAUCUAAUUCCAACUAAUUUUGAUGGAUUGGAGUAUCCAGGAAGAAUGUAGUGGGCAAGCAGAUGCACCUUCCAAACUCCGCCUUGCCCUGACAUGUUUUGGAGUGGCCUGGCCUCCAUGCUGUGACUGUAUGAAUCCCUCAACUUUGUUAUCUCAACGUUUUUGUAACAGACUAUGUUUUACUUGCUUCAAAUGCUGUGU